ACAACAAAAAUAUAAUGAGUCUAACUUUCCCUACCAGUGCGCACACAACUCUGCGUAUUGUAUGUCGAAAGCGGCGAUAAAUAUGUUCACCAAAUGUAUGGCCACUGAGUUGGGACCCAAAGGCAUACGAGUCAACGCCAUUGGUCCGGGUGUCGUCCGCACAAACAUCUCGAAAGCCAAUGGAUUUACGGAUGAAGAGUACGACCAGUUUUUGGAUAGUUUUGCCCAAAAAUACCCGUUGGGUCGUAUCGGUGAUCCAGGUGAUAUCGCCAAUACAGUAGGAUACUUAGCCAGCUCACAGGCCAACUUUAUUACCGGUGCUAUCGUGGCGGUCGAUGGCGGGGACUUAGUGGUAUAAUUACUUUAUGCUCAGGGCUAAUUAUUUAACUUGAAAAGUAUAUCCAACAUAUUAUAAUAAACA